CUCUGUACAGGGACCGAUGCACGACGACGAUAUUCAGAUGGACGAUGAGGUCACAAACAGUCAAAUGGCCUUCAACCCCUCGAACCACGCCAUGAUCGAGGCAGUCGAAAGCUCUGCCCGCCAGCUGCCUUACGGUCUACAUAGCCGUGAGAGUCCUGCUGGAGCAGCUGCUUGCUUCACGCCCAACCCCGUCGGGAUGGAGGUUGAGGAGAACCCGUUCGGUUGGAUAAACUCUGCUCCCAUGGCAGUUGAUUCUCACCUCCCAGAAACGGCGCGUGCUAUGCCAAACCAAGGAGGGAUGGAAGGGGUCCUACCUCUCAGGAUGCAAGACCAGGUACAGCAACCGUUGCAGGCUGAAAGUCCUACCACACCGUUCGGCCACUUGGUGCCAGAACCAGACCAUGCUGUAAUGCAACCUGGGAGCCCUGGUUUUGGCAUGGUGUCUGGGUUGCGGGAUCAGGCGGGGUUCGAUAGCCCGGUCCGGCAGACGAUUCCUACUUCUCGAAGGAUGGAUUCAACCCCAACCCCUGUGCGCCAGAUCACCAGACAUCUGCAUCAAAUGGGUUGCCCGUCAGGAAAUGCGAUGCCAGUAGAACCUCUUGUCACCGCAAACACAUCAAGGGCAACAGCGAGCCCUCAGAUGUUAGCGCUGGGGGAGCUAGAGUUUGUUCGGAUUUUCCUGAUAUAUGUCUACCUUGCAGGCAAGAAGAUAGAAGAUGUGAGUGUACUACAUGAGGGCUAUAUUAGGUUCUUAAAUUCACUGCCCAUGGAUCGUUUUGAGUCGGAAAUCUGGAACAAAUUUGGUCACGAGUUUAUAGCAGAAUCGGAUAGAAGAAAGAACCUCGAUUGGGACCCAAACAAGACAAGAGUGUACCAUUGCAAUAUCGAGCAAAGAGGCAACUCUACAAUCACAAUUUUUAAGGGGCCAUUUAUAGAGAAUGCAACGACUCGUCUACACAAAGUUGUUGGUGAAGACAAUGUUCUUGCCGUGAAAUUUUCAGAUGUAUCUGUGCAUGCAAACGCUACUGAUAACUUUGGAAACCUCUGUCAAGUUUACCAUCACCUUUUUGAAGAUGGGAUCAUGUUGGGUUUGCGUUGCUAUCGGUUUUUCAUUUUCAAAGAUAGCGGGAAGGCCGACAAAAUAAAAGAGGAAAGAAAGGAGAGAAACAAGAGAUGCACUUCUUCUGUUAGGUGCUACUUUGUUUGCACCGAGUCUGGUUGGGGCAGGGGUGUGCCUCAGUUCCUCUCCGACAGAACAAUUGGUGACGUCCGCAAGAUAUUUAUGCACAUUCACACUGUUCCUAGUGUGGCAAAAUAUUUAGCCAGGUUUUCUUUGAUAUUGUCCAAAACUAUUACACUACUAAACGCUGAAGACCUAUCAACAGUUAAAGUUGUAACUAUUGAUGAUGUACCUUGCGAGGACAAAAAUGGAAGAAUUGUUCUCAAGCAUGGGGAGGUUUUGAUCCACACUGACGGGACUGGGCUAAUAUCAGAAGAUUUAGCUAAGAGAUGUCCUACAGGUGUCUUUAAGGGGAACUUUUCAAGGACACAUGAGGAUACUGUGGGUUCAAAGGAGGAUCAGUUUGGCAUCGAUGAUCAUCCUCUUCUUAUGCAGGUUCGUUUGUUCUAUAAUGGACUUGCUGUAAAGGGAACCCUUCUCGUUGUUAGAAAGCUUCCUAAGAGGACUAUCCAUAUACGACCAUCAAUGAUAAAAGUAAACUCAGAUCCUAAUUUGUUAGGUGGGCACUCCUUCAACUCACUGGAACUUGUUUCCACAGGCAACCGUCCCAAAAGGGCAGUGACAUCGAGGUUCUUAAUCACACUACUUCACUAUGGAGGGGUUCCAGCGGAUUAUUUUAUUGACCUUCUAGGGAAGGCACUAAAAGAUGUUGAGACAGCUCGCCAUAAAACUAGAGAUUCCCUUGAAGUUGCAUUUAACUAUGCUGGCAUGGAUGAUUCAAUGUCUGCACGGAUGAUCCUUUCUGGAAUUCGACCAGAGGAUGAUGCAUAUUUACAACACCAGCUCACUCUAAUGACUAAAGUGGAAAGAAAAGGAAUCAAACAAGGCAAGAUCCCUAUCGAUCAGUGUUAUAAUCUGAUGGGCACAACAGACCCUACAGGGACACUAAAGCCCCAUGAAGUCUGUGUGAUACUUGACAAUGGCCCCAUUUCUGGAGAGGUUCUUGUCUAUAAACAUCCAGGGUUGCACUUUGGUGACAUACAUGUUUUGACGGCAAUAUUUAGUAAGGAUAUACAGGAUGUCGUGGGAGACUCCAAAUAUGCUAUACUUUUCCCUAUCUCUGGACCACGAUCUUUGGCCGAUGAGAUGGCGAAUAGCGAUUUCGAUGGUGACGUAUACUGGGUCUCGAGAAACCCACAGUUACUGAAGUACUUCAAACAAUCUGAACCAUGGUACCCAAGAAACCCACCGAGGAAGACUGAACAAGAGAAGCCUCAGAAAUAUGAUGCAUCUGAGCUAGAAAGCGUGCUAUUCCGUGAAUUUGUUAGAACUAGGUUUACACCCAGCUAUGUGCUGGGUGCAGCUGCAGAUUGUUGGUUGGUAUAUAUGGAUCGGCUAUUGACAUCCGAAGUUGAAGAAAACAAAACAGAGUGGGAGUUGAUAAAGGCUAAGAUGCUUAAAUUAGUUGACAUUUACUAUGAUGCUCUGGAUGCCCAGAAAACUGGGAACAAGAUCACUAUCCCUGGUUAUCUGAGGGUCAAAAUUUAUCCGCACUUUAUGGAACGGAAAGGAUACACGGUUCCUCCUUACCACUCGACUUCAGUGCUGGGCAAAAUCUAUGAUGAAGCAGAGUCGCAGCAGUCCGAAACUGUUCAUCCAAUCAAGAUAUCUCCCUUAACAUGCUUCACCGAGGAAGAAGUAACCGAAGAGCGCAAGAUCUGGGGACCCCGUUACCAGGAAUAUCUGAAGCUGAGCUCACCACUAUGUGACGUGAACCGUAACCCCCCUAUCUCUAAAGAAGAGAAAAACAUGAGGUUCCAGGAGCUCUUCAAACAUUACAAGCAGAUGCUGUACGAGGCCGUGGAGCUGGAGGAGAGCCAGAGGAACCGGUUCGUGGUGUUCAAGGAAGCUUGCGCUAUCUACCAGAUCGUGUACGAGAAAGCGCUGCAAAAGGGCGACGUCGGCAAGUGUGGCUUUGCGUGGAAGGUUGCUGGUCGCGCACUGUGCCAGUUCUAUGUGAUCAAGUGUGGCGGGGAAACCGCGCUCGUCAACAUGCAGGUCGUCCGCGAGGCCUUCAAGCGUGGGGCGUAGUUACAUGGACAAAGGCAAAGCUACCAUGCUUUGGUGCAUGGGGCGUGUGGCUACCUGACCUUAGCGAGUUAGCAACUCCGUCGGUCUGUUUAUCUCACCUGUUUGUAUAUACCUGUGGUAGCAGCAGUGUUAGGCGAUGGACGAGCUGGCAAACAGUAUGUUCGUCUAGGAUCGCUAAUGUCUGUGUAUUUAUCUGUUUGAUUUAAUCAUUUGGUGAGCGGCCAAGUGGGUCAU